AACAUCGCCCGCGCCGUCGGGAAUUCUUCUGAGAGCCACAAUUGUGCCAAAAGCAUCUUGACCUCAGACAGGCUGCAGAUAGUUGUGACCCUUUCGGAGUUCUUUAAUGAAACCUGGGAGGCAGCCAAUUGUGCAAAUUGUUUAAAGAACAGCAGUGAGGGAUUAUCAAAUUCUACUGUAGAGUUUCUGGAUUUAUUCAAUAAAUCUCUGACAUGUUUUGAACAUAACCUUCAGGGACAAACCAUCUAUUUGUCACCAAAUAACUACACAGAAGUAUGUAAAAACUGCAACGAAACCUACAAAAAGUUGAAUGACCUGUAUAACAACUUGCAAAGGAUGAACAGGCAAGGUGGUGAGUCUGGGCACUCCGCCCACUUGUGUAUCGAUGUGGAAGAUGCAAUGAACAUCACUCGGAAGCUUUGGAGCAGGACUUUCAACUGCUCAGUUCCCUGCAGCGAUACAGUCCCGGUGAUUGCAGUUUCAUCCUUUAUUCUCUUCCUACCUAUUGUUUUUUAUCUUAGUAGCUUCCUUCACUCAAAGCAAAAGAAACGGAUACUCAUUUUGCCCAAGCGCAUCCAGUCAAAUGCCAGUCUUGUGAACAUCCAAGAAAAAUACAGCUGAGCUACAAAACAAAACCUGAGAACUGCUGCUGGUAUACAGUGGGUACAAUUGUGUUGGAAUGAGGCCGGCACAAAAGAGGAGUUAAUUAUGGUUUAGUGUAAUGAUACAGAGAAACACAAGUUAAAAUGCUGUCUGACUUCUAAGCAAGGAUAUUAACAAACAUGACAAGGCAGGGCUGUGUGACACUGUAUGGACUCUGGUUUUGAAAAAUCUGUGGUGUGUUUUUUUUUUUUUUAUAAUCUCGAGCUAAAGAUGGUGUUUUUCUGUUUCUAAGCUUUUGUACUUUUCAUCAAUAGAAUAACUGCGCUUUUCUUGCAUGGUAUUUUUUCAUAUUUAUCGUAUUUGUUUCACAGAAACCUGAGAUUCUGAAUCUUUGAGGUGGUUUUCAUAGACAAAACUUGAAAUAAUAUUAGAUGUUCCUUCUUGAAAUGUUGUGUUUAAUUCCACAUAAUACUUGGUGUUGCCAUACUUGAGAUGGACAGGAAACCUUUAAAAAAGAAAAAGUUCUCAUCUUUCCUAUGCUACUCCAAAGUCAGGAUAUCUGUUGGAAAAAAAAAAAAAAGAAUAAAGCAAAGGGCAUGAAAUAUUCAGAGAAAGUGCUAAUAUAUAAUGUCCAAAGCCAGCAACAAAUGCAACAGAACUGCCAGUACUAGACUUGAACAGUAAUCAUUGAUGACUGCAGUAUUCAGUUCUCAGAAACAGGCAACGUAUUUAGUCAUUUGCACACUUUAACCACUAAAGUAAUUGCUUUUCAAAUGUUACAUUUUCAGAGGCUUAUUUUAGAAGUCUGCUUGGGUAACUGGAUGCUUCACUGUUUGUCUACUGUGUUAUUUCCUUUCUGUUUUAAUUAUAAAGAUGGCUGUUUUUUUGUUUUUUGUGGAUAAGUGGGGUAAAGUCAAGUCACUGGAGGUGCUGAAUUUCCUUUUCUAGAGCUUGCUAUGGCUUAAUAUGCAGGAACUUUGUUGGGGAAAAGUUACCUUUACCAGAUUAUGUGUUUUACUGGUAAAUGAACCAGAGGGUUCUCUAACUUAAGAACUGUCCUGAAGGACAGUGAAGAUACUGUGUUUGGAAUUGAUGACUUUCAAGAAAUAGUAUUAAAAAAUUGGGCCUGUAAAAUAGAUUAAUAGAAACAAAUUCAAUCUUACAGGAUUCCAAAGCUGAUGGAGAAGUUAAUACAAUAACUGUGCGAUUGGAUAGCGCUACUGUCAGGUUGUUGGCACAAUUCAACGGCUGCAGCGGUACCGGCAGUUCAGUUUGGUUAUGCUAGUCCUGAUUAGGGAGAGUGGUGGGGUUGAAAUGAUUUAUAGCUGUACUUGAGGUUAAUGAAUGCCAGAGUCUUUGCUCUCAUUUUAAAAUUUCUUUUCUAACCUUGAGUUGAAAAUGAAUGGUCAUUACAGCUGAAAAAUGAAAUUCCUCUUGCAGUUUGUGUGUCUGAUGUCUGUCAAAAAACUCCAUGAAGCAGUUUUAUGUAUUCGACUUGCUUUGGAGCCUACAAUGUUAAAUUUUCCCUUUGCACUAAGGCUCAAAUAAAUAUAUCACAGUGUCACAAAACAGUCUUAAAGCUCUUCAAGUCAUUGGUUUUUCUUGUUUGUUUUUUUUUUUUGUGGAUAUUUUUGAGUUAGGACAUACUGUUGGUUCUAAAGUCAAGGUGACAGUAUGUUUAAUAGUAAGUAAAAUAUGUUAGCGGUUGGUCCCACCCAUAUGAUUGCCUUUUUGUAUUUUAUCAGUAAGAAGUAUUUAUCUCCCUCUGUUAAACAUGUGAAUUACUAGGUCAACAGUUUGUUCUAGAUAGUUUACAACAAUAACAUGAAACUCUGUUUUUCUUGCUUAUUACAUAAAGUUAACUUUUUUGCGGCUGGGAAAGGCGUGCUGCCUUUAAAAAAAAAAAAGAUUAUUUUUUUAUAUCUAUUAUUCUUAAACUUCAACUUUCUGGGACUUAUUCAGCUGCCUGCUCUAAUAGCAUUACAUUGAUUUGGGACAUCAUAUGAUUGAGAGCUGUUCAAAGCAAUCUUUCAUUUGUGCAGAUAAAGCCAGUUUGUAUGUGCAGCAUUUCAGAAUGACAGCUUUUAUACUGUAAGCAGUGGCUUUUUGAGCACAUUCAUGUUAAGUAGGUCUGAAAGUCAUUACUUUUGGAUAUGGUGGUUAAGCACUUUAAAAAAAUUAAAAAAAAAAAAAUCAGCUUUUCUUAUUUUCCUGGCUGCUAAGCCAAACGGAAAUACUCAUGUGACUUUUGUUGGGUUUUAUUUUAAAGCAGCAGUAAAAGUUUACACUUGAGAUUUUUAAUAUUGCAUCUACUAUUUUCUCCUUUUUUUUCCCCACCAAAAUUUGUACUACUAACUUUCUUUACACAGUGUUAUAUUUUUGGUAGGAUAUUUCAUAUAUAAAUUGAUUGAAUUCUCUUUAUACUCUAUUUCCUAGAGGAAUGUGGAAGCACAUAGACUGUGUUGAAGGAGAACUAGAAUUCUUUUUGCUGCUAGUCUUUCAUUUUGGUUUAUUUUUUGCCUUUUUGGUAUUAUAUGUACUAAAUAGGAUGAACUUUGAAAUACUAGUUGUUUGUAUCUUUUUGUGCAAAUAAAGAUUUCUUACUGUGGGGGAGCACUUUGAUUCAUGUUUAUACUUCCUAGGAAACCUCUAAACACAGAAAGUCAGCUCUAAUAAAGAUUGUCAAUAAACAA